AAGUCAAAGAUAAGCUUUCGAACGGUUACCCUCAACAACAAAGCCCACUACCUCCAAUUUUUACUCUUAAUAUCCUCUCCCAAGAUUUUAGCAACAAAGAUUCAAAAAAAUUCCCUCCUUUCAUUAAGUUAAAAACUUCCAAGUUUCUUCAAAUUCUUCAUUUUCGCAAUUGAGCAUUGAGUGUGUAAAUUAAAGGAGCUCCCUAUAACAAAGUCCAAAAACAAAAUCUUCCUUAAAAAAUAUGGCUUCCUCCAAACUACUCCUAUUCUUUGUAGUCCUCUCCACAUUCAAGUUCAUCUCCAUAACCUGUACUGAUUUUGCUGUUGGCGAUGAAUAUGGUUGGAAAACUCCAAAAUCCAAAAAUGACUCUCAAAUCUUCAACAAUUGGGCAUCAAAGAAUAGGUUCAUUGUUGGUGACACUCUACAUUUUGAGUACGAUAAAGACUCGGUGUUGGCUGUGACUGAAGAGGAGUAUGAAAAGUGUUAUUCUUCUCAUCCAGUUUACUUCUCCAACAAUGGAGACAGUGUCUUCCAUUUCGACAGGCCGGGAUUGUUCUACUUCAUUAGUGGGGUUUCUGGGCACUGUGAGAGAGGCCAGAAGAUGAUCAUCAAAGUUUUAGAAACUGCACAUCCACCUCAGUCAGGUGCAGAACAGAAUACAACAAUUGGGACAUCACAAGGGAAUGCUGCUCCUGGAUUCUAUGCCUUAUCUAGCCCAACUUUUGUGCUCUUCCUUGUGUCCUUUGUUGGACCAGUUCUUGUCGUUUAGAUUGAAAUUCUACUAUGAUCGCUUCCUAGAUUUGUUUUUCUAGCUAGGUUUAUGUUGGAGAGUGUAUGGAAAUGAAUAUGUUAUUAUGUUUUCGAAGAUGACUUCAGUGGUAUGAGUAUUGUUUUAUGUUUUCAUAAGAAUAUAUAUUUAUAUUUUGUGUACCUGUUUGCUUUGGCAAAAGGUAUUCUUUUUUCUUUUUCCA